UUUUUCCAAGAUUCAUUUCCGAGUUUUCUCCGCCUUCCGAGCCCGAGCUUUUUCCAUCGUCUCUUCAGCCUUUCAAAAUCCCACGCUAGGGUUUUGCGCAUCUGGGCUUCAAUCGCAUCCAGAUUUGAUCCUCUAAUGGCAGAGGAUCAUGCCGGUGGUGCUGCCGGCGCUGGCACUCCCUUGGCGCCCUCUGCUGCGGAAUCGAAAUUGGCGGAGGCGAUAGGAAGUUCGGUGAUCCCGAUCGUUAAUAAGCUCCAAGACAUAUUCGCUCAUCUUGGGAGUGACUCGACGAUCGAUCUUCCCCAGGUGGCGGUGGUGGGGAGUCAGAGCAGUGGGAAAUCGAGUGUUCUUGAGGCCCUCGUUGGCCGGGAUUUCUUGCCCCGUGGGUCGGAUAUUUGCACGCGGAGACCGCUGGUGCUGCAGCUUGUUCAGUGCCCUCCUCGUGUUGAUGGUGCUGGUGGAGAAGGGGAUGAGUGGGGGGAGUUUCUUCACUUGCCUGGAAAACGGCUUUAUGACUUCUUGGAAAUCCGGAGAGAAAUUCAGGCUGAAACUGAUAGAGAAGCAGGAGGGAAUAAGGGGGUUUCAGACAAACAGAUUCGUUUGAAGAUUUUCUCUCCGAAUGUUUUAAAUAUUACUUUGGUUGAUUUGCCUGGAAUUACAAAAGUGCCUGUUGGUGAUCAGCCAAGUGAUAUUGAGAAUAGAAUUAGAAACAUGAUUAGGUCCUACAUCCGAUAUGAGACUUGCAUUAUCUUGGCAGUUUCACCAGCUAAUGCAGAUUUAGCAAAUUCUGAUGCCCUUCAGAUGGCGAGGAUUGUUGAUCCGGAUGGUUCCAGGACAAUUGGUGUCAUCACAAAGUUGGAUAUAAUGGACAGAGGCACUGAUGCCCGUAAUCUUUUAACGGGAAAGGUGAUCCCUCUUAAACUUGGUUAUGUGGGCAUAGUGAACCGUAGUCAAGAGGACAUCAACCAAAAUCGUAGCAUCAAGGAUGCACUUGCAUAUGAAGAGAGCUUUUUUCGGAGUCGACCUGUAUAUCAUGGUCUCGCUCAUUGCUUGGGGAUUCCUCAGUUGGCCAAGAAAUUGAAUCAGAUUUUGGUACAACAUAUCAGGGCAAUUCUUCCAUCCCUUAAGUCUCGCAUAAAUUCUCAGUUGGUGGCUGUUGCAAAAGAACAUGCAGCUUAUGGUGAUGUUGCAGAAUCAAAGGCUGGCCAAGGAGUGAAGCUCUUGAAUAUUCUCACAAAAUAUUGUGAAGCUUUUUCUUCGAUGGUAGAUGGGAAAGAUGAAUUAUCAACUGAUGAACUUUCUGGAGGAGCAAGAAUUCAUUAUAUUUUCCAGUCAAUCUAUGUGAAGAGUUUGGAGGAAGUUGAUCCAUGUGAUGGAAUGACUGAUGAGGACAUUCGACUGGCUAUUCAAAAUGCUAGUGGACCUAAAAGUGCUUUAUUUGUGCCGGAGGUGCCAUUUGACAUUCUUGUAAGAAGGCAGAUUGGUCGUUUGCUUGAUCCGAGCCUUCAAUGUGCAAAAUUUAUCUAUGAUGAAUUGAUCAAGAUGAGCCAUCGGUGCUUAGCUGGUGAGCUGCAACGGUUUCCUUUUCUUAGAAAGAAAAUGGAUGAGGUAAUCUGGAGCUUUUUAAGAGAAGGUCUUCAACCUGCAGAGACAAUGAUAACUCACAUGAUUGAAAUGGAGAUGGAUUAUAUAAACACAUCUCAUCCUAAUUUCAUUGGUGGCAGCAAAGCGGUAGAGAUUGCACAACAACAAGUUAGAUUAUCUAGGGCACCGGUAUCAUCAGUGAGGUUAAAGGACGGGGAAGAUUCUGAUAAGUCACAAGCAUCUGAAAAAAGUCAAAAAUCUCGAGCUAUUCUUGGUAGAUCUACUGUUAAUGGAAUUGUUUCUGAUCAGGGAAUUCAUCCUGUUGCUGAUUCUGAGAGACCAAGCUCUGCUGGUGGUGCAAAAUCAGCUUGGGGCAUUUCUUCAAUAUUUGGUUCCAGUGAUAAUCGAGCUCCUACAAGAGAUAGUUCUCCUAGCAAGGUUUACAGUAUUCCUGUGCAUAAUGUUGAACAGUCAUCCUCUAUGAUUCAAUUAAAAGAGCCGCCUAUCAUUUUGAAGCCCUCAGAAAAUCAGACGGAGCAAGAGGCUAUGGAGAUAACCAUCACAAAGUUGCUAUUAAAGUCGUACUAUGAUAUAGUCAGGAAGAAUAUUGAGGAUUCUGUACCAAAGGCAAUCAUGCACUUCCUGGUCAAUCAUACGAAACGGGAACUGCAUAAUGUUUUUAUCCGAAAACUCUACAGGGAGAACCUAUUUGAAGAAAUGUUGAGAGAACCUGAUGACAUAGUUGCUAAAAGGAAGCGCAUUCGAGAAACUUUAUGGGUUCUACAGCAAGCCAAUAGGACACUGGAGGAGUUACCACUGGAAGCUGAUACUGUGGAAAAAGGCUACAAUCUGGAAAAUGAUGCAACUGGUCUGCCAAGGCCACCAUCAUCCUUCUAUGCAGGCAGUGAAUUCAGCACAUCCUACAAUUCAUCCCCUAGUCAUCCCAGAUCAAGGAGAUCUCUGCAUUCUGGAGAGCAAACCCCAUUAUUUUAUUCGAACUACGACGCCAACGGAAGCGGACAUCACUCUGGACAGUGAAACUAUUCCAUCACUGAUGGCUGAAUCCGGAACUGUUUCGGGCUAUUGUUUAUGCCAAGCGACCCAAAUAAAUGAUACCUUCGCGUUUACAGAAAAUACAAUUUUAGUGUCGACAUCUUGAACAAACAGUGUAACUACUGCAUCAGUGUUGAUAGAAAUGCAUUAAUCCUUGUAUAGCCUAGAAUGCUUGUUGAAGCAUAUGAUUGACUCGUCGCCUUUCUAGUUUUGGUAAAAGGAAAAAGAAGAGAAUGGGAAAAUUAUAAUGGUUAAUAUGUGUUUUGAUCCUGGUAUUUGGGAUCCAUUUUUUGGUAAAUGUAAUAACAGUACUGAUUGGAAUAGCCAAGAAUAUGAUUUGUGUUUUCGACAU